AUGAUAUUUUUUGUGUGGUCAUUAGUGUUGUCGGCAGUGCAUUACGCACGUAAACAGCGACUCAUAAAGAUCCUGUCGGGUUACUUCUUCUCGCCUCGUCACCACGAUACUAUGCUUUUGUGUCGCCACAUUAUCAACUUCAAUCUUCGAACUAAAUUUCUUGAGAGAGGGGGGAAUGCAUUGGGUGUUGGUGGACCGCGCGCAUCGUUGUGCAGAUUUUCCAGUGAACCGACGAUUGCUCACAUAAACGAAUGUUCAUUACUGUAUCGAAACGAUGAAGUUGAGAUUCUCGUAAGACCGAGAUCGAAGCAGGCAUUUCAAAUAGACGAUUGGUUCAUAAUUUCAAAGCCAUUACUGUCGCGAACGCCACGGAUAACGUUUGUUGUAACAUUGGGACCUGUAUGCUUACUGUCACCACCGAAGGGAACUGCUACUGGAACAAUAUCUGCUGAUGAAUUGAGACAAGAGGACGACAUUGGAUCAUCUAGUACGAUUAGAAAUCAAGAGAAUGAUCGAUUAACGCCGGAUGAAACGUUUAGGAGCUACUCUCAACUUGAAGCCCUUCAUUUUCCUUUCACUUCUGAGCAGCAAAAACUACAGCUGUUUGCAUAUUUCGUCAAUAAUGGCUCAUUAGCAUAA